AAGUGUCCUCACUUGGCACAGACAGGAACCAGGUUAGACUUUUUCAAAGGCAGCUGAAGCCUGUAGCUGCACAGAAAAUAAAAAACAAGUCAGAAGAAGAGAGAACUUCUCUGGGAGAUAGACACUAAGAUAACUCUGCAUAGAACUGUUUCUCAUAUUUUUUUCUGAUAGUAUUCCCAGUUGGACAGACGCACCUGAAUCUGCUUGGAUCAUGCAGAAGAGAAAGCAUUCCUGGGCGGCCUUUGUGGGAGGAGGCAACAAGAAAGUGGAAGAAUUGACUGGGGAAAAUGCAAGAAUACUGCCCAAGGCCACACAUGAGGAGAGAAAGAAGCAGGAGGCAAAAAGGAAAGGGAAAUUGAAAACCUUGGCAGGCAAAUUGCUGAAGACUGUGGUUGGUGGGAAGGAAACGGUGGAGAAGGCUGGUGCUGAGGAUGUGACAGGGAAUUUGCUGAAGAGGCCAAGCAGUAGGAAAGGAGAGGAGAGAGGCACGCCUGCAGAGGAAACCGUCUGCAGAUUCAUUGAGCAAGGAAAAUUUUUGGAAGCUUGUGAUCAAAUUCAUCACCUGGAGCGUUCUGGCAAUGAUGGUGUGGGAAAGUCUGAAUCACUUUAUGAGCUGCUGGCUGAACAAAUGUGGACUGUAGUGGGAGAAGCACUCAGUGGAAGUGAUAGGAUGCUCCAGGAGCCAUUGCAGUCAGUGGGGGAAUCACUGAAGUGGGAGAAGCAGAAGGAAGCAGAGAGGCUUGGCAACAGCUUAGAGACAGAUUCUGUUUCCACCUGGAGCCCAAACUUCUGGAGAAAAGAUCUGGAGGAAAAGCUAAUGCAGUACAUGACAGCCCAGAUUCCCCCGUUUGCUUCCUCUACUGACACAGAUGAGACUGCACUAAAACAGCACCUGAGUCACCUGGAAAGGACAUUUCUCCCCAGCCUGGAGCACAGAAGUGAUGUCUUCAAGGAAGCAGGACUGCUCGUCACCUAUGCCCGCUGCUGUCAUGCUUCUCUGUGUUCUCACUUUGCCACACUUACUGACAGUAACUGUUUCAGCUUCAGCCAGAGCCUUUUAAUUUAUGGAUGGAGCAUUAAAUUGUACAAAAGAGGCAGCCAGGCAUGUGAGAGACCCGGGCACAGCCUUUCCCUUGGUGCACAGUGCCUCGUGUGGAUUCUUUUGAAGACUGAGGAAAAGUUACUCGCAACGGCACGGCCCUGUAUUUUUUCAAAUGGACAGAAGGAGGACCGAGAAGUUUGUGUUCUGCAGUCAGCACAGGAGGAAGUGGGGAAAGCACUGAAAGAAGCCUUUGAUAUUGGGAAACCCCCUUGGGCAGAUGCUGCAGUCAUUGAGAUACUAACAGAGAAGACAGAGGCUGCCAGGCAAGUCAGUGAGAGCCUGAGUGAGAAGGUGGAAGCUGAGUGCCUGGAGGAGUGCCUGAGGUUCCUGGAGAGCUAUGAAGAUGAAGUAAGAAGUUUUAUCCAGCUUGAUGGCUGCCCACAGAUCUACAGCACCUUACGAAUCCUGGAGAGUUGCUGCCUUCUCAGAACUGUCUGGCAUAAGCUAACAUACAUUUGCAGAGUCAGCACUCAGCAGAAUGUUAAGGUAAAUGGAUUUCUACACAGGAUAGAAGAGGAUACUAUGGAGCAUUUUCUGCAGACCAUCACUGCUAAAGUCAAGGGAACACUGAAGAACCACUUCAAAAAGUGUGACAGUGGUUUUGACCACAUCCUUGAAUCCUUAAAGCAAAACUUUCUGACCUUUGGGAAGAAAAAAACAGAUAUAUAUGAGGCCCUCGUCAAGGCUGUCAAUGCCAUCAUUAUUACAGAAUACAUGCAGGCCCUCCUGACCACUCCCAGGAAAACAUCUGCUAUGCAGAGGAGGAGGAUUGUCAACAAGAUAGAGGAAGAUCAUAGGAUGAUGCAAACCAUCUUUAAAGAGUGCUUAGGCCCUGCAGCUGAUUCUCUCAAGGAUCCCAUGAAAGCAAUUUUAGAGCUUGUUCAAACUUCUGAUCCUGAGGGGAUGAAAAUAGCACUUCUGCCCAUUCUAAAAGAAUUUCCUGACCUCAGGAAGGAACAUCUGAGUGCAGUGCUGGACAUCAAAGAUUCGCUCAGCCGAGAAGACAGAGCUGCUCUCUUGAAGGCAUUUCAUGAUAAUUGCAGGGAAUCAGAAACAGAAGCAAACCUGCUUUUUGCAGAUAUAGAAGUAAAACCUAGAAAAUGUGGACUCUGUGGCUGUCUCUGCUGUUAGCAAAGGCCUGCUGGGAGAAACAUGAGGCCUUGCUCUGCUGUGCCAGCAUCUGCAACCACAGCUCCUUGAAAGCUUCACAUGCAGGUCAAAGCAUGGAGUAGCCUGUCAGCCAUGGAAGACAAAAUUUCUGCACUUUUGCAGGAAAACCAUGAGGCUCAAAUCCCAAUCUUAUAUGUAAAGUCCAGGAGGAAGAUGAAUGGGAUACGGUUGAAAGACAUUUCUUCAAGAUUUCCUAGAGAUUGCCAUUCAGCUGAGUCCUGGUGGUUAUUCCCAGGAUGUGGCAAGUGUGGAGGAGGGUUUCCUUUCACUGAAUUCCUCUCUGUUUCCACCCCUUGUUCCAUGAAAUCUCCAAUGAAACCAGGGAUUACUGCACAACAUGGUGUCCCAGCAUUGCAACCUCCCGAGAGAUCCAAGACCUCUGUUAGGGAAUAUUGCCUGGCUGCUUGUGCUGGCAAUGCCUGCAGAUCUGGGUGCCUCAGUUUACCCCCCAAAGCCUGACCUGCACCAGGAGGGUGCAGAAAGAGCUGCCUCUUCCCUCUCUCAUGAAGGCUGUGACCUGCUUUGGGGGCAGUCUGCCAUGGUGAGGUGUGAGAUGGGGAGCUCUUCCUGUAUGAGUUUUGGAGCUGGCUCAAGCACAUAGCCCUGCAUUAAUUUUUAUACCACGGUUACUGGAAGUUUCCUCUUGGAGAGAGGGGAAAACCUCAUGGGAAGCAGGCAGUAAAAGGAUCUGUUUGUCCCAGCCUCUGGCCAAGGUCUUUGUUAGUUUUCAGAUGUAAAUAGGCAGUUCUGAAGGAAAAACACUGAUUUUUCUUCCUGGUUGUGUAUGGACUGGUCACAUACAUCCCAAGCGGGAUGUGCUUCAAGGCCCUCCUUUGCUGUUGUGUGAAUAUAGGCCAUUACUGCUCCUCUUUGACACCAUAACCAAGCAAAAACCUCUACCUCAGGAUGUGCCAGUGCUUUUCUGAGCAGCCAUUCCCCCUCGAGUCUGUUACCCUAACAAGAAGAAGGAAAAUUUGUGCAUAACCUGCCAAAGUGUGUAGCAGAAGACAUGUCAUGCCCUGGUACCCUGAGAAGUGCAGACCCAGCUGGGUGCUGCCACAUUCUGCAGUGCUGUGCCAUCACCCAGGGACACAGGUGCCCCAUCCCAGAGCCCUCAGUGCAGAUGGGGUCCUGUGAGCUAGAAAGGAGCCAGGGCACGUUUGAAAUUGUCAUUAACUUUGUUCCUGGUGCAGUGCUGAGCAUGAGGUGAGUGUCAGAGAAGGAAGAAACAGGUUGCUCCAUCUCCAGGGAGUCCUCUGCGUGCUUUCAGGGCACCAGGAGACCUUGGCUCUGUUACAUUUCAUCUCUUGUCACUGUAGGGCAGUGAGAGCAUCCCAUGGCCUGCCUGCCCUUCCUGACUGCCUGGCUACUCAAAAGGCCAGUGCUGGUAUCCCUAACAUUUCAUAGCUGUCUAUUGUGGUUUCAGUGAGACUUUCCCUGGGAUGUGGGAAGGCUGGGGAAUCUGGGGGAGCUGCAGCCUGGCUGGGUGGGCAUGGGUUGGGCUGCAGGGCUGGAUGACCACCUGCCUUCUGAAGGUUGUCAGCUCUGCCGGGCUCUAUGGGCCAAUCACCCUCCUCUCCUGCUGAAUUGCACAAAAUUUCAGGGAAGGGAUGUCAGACCUGGAUGACAGACCCUAUUGUGAUGGCAGGGUCAGGGUCAGCCUCUGCCAAUGGGGAUUUCAAGCAACAAACCUUCCAGAGAAACUAAAUAAAACCCUCUCUGACAUUUCCAUCACUGUUGGGCUAAAAAUAAUCCUUCAGCAUGUGGACAGCUCUGGCCAUGCACAUGUCAAUGUCAAUGUGUGUCUGUGCUGUUUGACAUCUGCAGCCAGACAAGGGUGUGUUCAGCUUGGAAUCAGCAGUUGGGAGCCCUGAGGGGCACCAGGCUUGCCAUUGCUGUGUGCAGAUCAAUGAGGUUUGGUAGCAGCAAGUUUUUGCACCAUGUGUGAAAACAUCCACUCACGGAGAGACCAAAUGAAGACUGAGUUUGUUCAUGAGGUUUAAUGAAGUUUUGCAGAGCCAGAGAGCCCAGGGAUAUUGGCUGGGGGUGAUGGGGAGAGGCAGGCUGGUGUGGAGGAAGAUGGUGUGGGAGGGAUGUCCUUGGGUACCCACAAGUCACCUGUGAAGAGCAGAUGGUGUGUGGGGAGGCUCCCUGGAGGGGAUGCAGUGGCAAGGCAAUGCUGGGUCACUCCCUAGGAUUGUCCGAGGUGAUCAGGGAGGGAAGGAGAGGCUGCAGGGAAGGAGGAUGAGGGAUUUGCCUUGUUUGAUGGAAUGGAUGAGGAAUUUUAACCCACUUGAUUGUGUGACCUGAACUUCCCGAGUGAUCCAGCCUCCUCCUUUCUAGCUUUCACCCUAACCUGGGGUUAAAGCGCUUGUGCAGGAUUUGUGCUGCUCUCUGAAGAGGGCCGGGAAGCAGGGUCACACUCAGGAUCCUCCUGUAGGAUCAUCUUGUGGCCUAGGGAUGUGGGCAGGGACAGCCCUGCCAUUGCCACCAGCUUGCCAGCGCCACCAUGGAGCUAUGCUAUGCAUUUCCCACUUGGCCUUUCUUCCAGUGACUCCACCUCUGUGAACAGGACAGCAUCACUCAGAGGCUGCACAAAGUCUCUCUCCCACUCUCUUUUCACUUAAGGUUUCACUGGGAUCCCCUUGGCACAAGGUUUGUGCCACUGCCAUGCUCACCCAUCACCCAGACACACCAAGCUUGGGAUGUGGGCAGGAAGGAGUGACAAGCUGCUCUGGCUCUUUUGAAAGCUGUGUUCCAUCACCUCUCCAGCUUUGCUCUGGGCAGAAGGGUUGUGUCAUGAGCAAUGAUUUGUCACCUGAGUGCCACACACUGCUCAGGGCCAGGGUUUGGCUGCUGCUUUGAAGUGUUACUACAGGGCCUUGCCAGCAUUCCCCUCAUUUGAGCUGCCAUUUCUGAGGGUCACCUUCAGGGCUUGAUGCUGAGGGCAGUGGAAAGCAGAUGCUCCUUAAUUAUGCUGUAAGGUCUGAGGAAAGACCUGACAUUUGCUGAGGUGCUGUCUGUGCUUCCCUGGUUUAUUUAGUGGCUUUGCCAAGGAUGUGACAGGGAAUGGAGGGCUUGAUAGUGAAAAACACAGGUAGUACUCUGGGACAUGCUGAGCUCUGUUGGAUAUCAAAUGUGCAUGAGGAGAAUCAAUCCCUAAAACUGUGAGCCCUCAGAGAAGGCAAACCUUCUGAUUGAAAAAUUUAAAAGUAAAUUGUGUUUUAUUCCUGUUCCUCCCAAGAGGAGCCUGUCAAUGAUGGGAAACUCAUACAUUAAUCCCAAUAUUAAUCAAAAUAACUUCCACCCAGCUUUGAGGCUUUCCUCUCCAGCACCCAGCUGGGAGUGAUGCCUGGUCCACAGGUGGUGAAAGGGAGGGUGUGUGUGACAGGCAGCAUAGCAAAAGCCACCACAGGCUAGUACCCCCAGCACACGACUGAAGGCUGAAAUGCCUGCCUUUACUGCAGCACCCCACGGUCCGUGAAGAAAGACGAGGAGGACGCCAGUGCUGAGGUCUCUGAUUCUGUAGCAAGGAAGGGCUGGGCUGGAUUCCUGCCGUUUCCCCCGGUGGCCCUGGGAACACCCGGGCUGGGAAGGGUACACUCCGGGUGCCAUCUAGUGGCACUGGGACAUGGAAAGGGCCGUGGCUCUUUCAUGUUUAUUUGUGUUAUUAUUAUAGGACAUUGUGUAGGCUGUGAGUGGCCCCUUACCAGAGUGUGAGACUUGCAGGACAACAAAACGCUGGGAACUCAACUCUGCUGCAAAGAAGGAGGCACAGAGCGCUUAGAUGUGUCUGCCUGCCAAAUAACCAGAAGUUUAUAGGAAGAUUGUGAAGGACAGUGAUGAGCAGGAUAAGUGGGAUGUGUCCUGUGCUUUACAGAAAGAGCUGGAGCUUGUGAGUGUGGAGAGGAGAGGUUGAGAGGCAGUGCUGCAGAGCCAGGACCCAAGGACCUGAUUUUUUCCCACUCCACAGCAGCUGGGCUUCCUGCUGCAGUAAAGGGCUUUAGGAUAAGGUUUUAAUUGGCUUAAUCUGACCUAAGGCCAUAUGGGCACUUGAAGAUGGGAUUCUGCUCUCUCCCCGGGGUGGCUCCUCACCACCUCAUCAUAUGGGUCCACUGACAGCAAAUUAGCAGCCAAAAGAAAUAAUCUUGCAUGGGUUUGCCUUUCUUAUUUGCUUUUCAGGGGCCCUGGUUCCAUCCCUCUGAGCUCCAGCUACCAGUUUCAUACCUUCUGACUCUCCUGUCUCCUACUGCUAUCCUGGUUUUCAGCCUGGUCCCAGCUGCUAUCCCCGAGCUGCCCCUUGCUCCAGGGGCUGUGGUUGCCUGAGCUGUCCAACUUGGCUCACACAGCCUGUGUGGGACCAUUGCCUAUUGCCCCAAUGGGCUGUUCUAAAAGCGGUGCCAGUCUGCCAGCAGUUAAAAAAAAUGGACUGAGUUUCCCAGCAGCUGCUGGGAAAACCCCUGUGCUUCAGGGCUGGCACAAAGUACUUGCAAGAGCAGACUGUCUGGAGCUGUUUGUUCUAUCAUAUACCCUUGUAGGGUUUUGGAAAAAUUAUAAAGCCUAUCUUGGUUCACAGA